AUGGCUGCAUCCUCGCUCUCUCGCGGUUCCUACCUCCUCGUCUUCCCGGAAGACCUGAACGGGUCCAUCGCCUCCCCGGUCUACGCGAAGAUCUCGAACGACAGAGGCACGGCGGUGACGGCGCUGCUCGACGCGGAUGGCGACGAGUGGGGACCUACGGUGAAGCUGCCAAGAGCUACUGCUCUGGCAAGAAACGUCGACAGCAGGGAUGCCGAAGGCGAGAAACUGGGUGCCUGGGUCCGACAAGCUGUGUGUGCCAAGAUCGACGGCUACUUCUGCUACGGUCAAGUCACGGGAUACUCCGAGUCGGAACUCAUCAUCAGCACGAAGUCAGGUCCGGUGGAGCCCAACAAGGCCGAUAUCUGCGACUCGGUGUAUCCCGUGGAAAGCGCGCCCGAGUCUCGCUUCAGCAUGUAA